AUAACGGUUUAUUUAGACUAAGUUAAAAAAAUAGUAACUAUGGCACCUACAUACAAGCUCUCAUAUUUUAACUUCUCUGGACUAGGUGAACCAAUAAGGUUUCUUCUCCACUAUGGCAAUAUCCACUUUGAAGAUAAAAGGUUUAACGCAAAAGAAUUUGUGCAAGACAUAAAACCUAACACUCCCGCUGGACAAGUUCCUACCCUCGAACUAGAAAAUGGAAAAGUUUUAUUUCAAAGCAUACCGAUCUGCAGAUAUUUGGGAAAAAAAUUAGGUCUAUCUGGUGAUAAUGAUUUGGAAAAUUGGGAAAUUGAUGCUGUGGCUGAUACCUUAAACGAUCUAAGACUAAAGAUAGCUCUUUGGAAAUAUAACACAAAUUCAACAGAACAGAAAAGAUUAAAGGAGGACUUAGAUAACAAAGUCUUACCAUUUUAUUUGCCGCUACUCGAAUCAUGGGCAAAGAAAGGUAACGGAUAUUUGGCAAAUGGAAAGUUAAGUUGGGUUGAUUUCUACUUCGCUGGAGUUAUUGACUAUCUAAAUUACUUUAUGGAGCAAGAUUUAUUAGAAUCCUAUCCUAGCCUACAAGCUGUCAAGAAAAAUGUCUUUUCCCUACCCAGUGUUAGGGAAUAUGUAGCUACACGCCCUAUUGAUGACUUGAAAAAUAUCUAAUAUUUAAUUUCUAUUAACUGUAUAUUUUUUUCAUAGAUUAAAAUUAUAUAAAGUGUA